AUGUCGUCGACCAUCUACCAGGACUCGUUCGUCAAUGCUCGGCCCGGUGCGCCGUACCAUGCCGUCACCGCCCGACUGUCGCUCACUCGUGCGUUGACGCAAGACCUCGCAUCCUACUACCACGAGCGGGCAUUGGUCGAAGACGCGUACGUCAAGUCGUUGCAGAAGCUCUCGACUCGACUGCACCAGGCCGGCUCGCACACGGUCUUUGCCAGCAUCGACGAGCUCGGCCUCGAUUCCCGUGAGCGCCAGCGUCAACUCGGAGCAUGGCAUGCCGUCCGAGUGCGUCUCGAGGUCGAGGUCAACGAACUGGCCAAGCAGCACGAGACGUGGAGGAGGAAGACGGUCGAAGAGGUCGAGACUCCGUUGCGACAGAGCUUGUCCAAGCCAGAGUGGGCUCGCUGGCAGCAGGGCGAGGCGUCGCUUGGCUCGACCGUCCGAGAGUACGAGAGCACGCUUGACAAGGUGCAAAAGGUCAGGAGCAGUCACAAUAUUAUAAUGCUUACAUUUGGUUCAGGCUCCGGGCCAAGGCUGACCUCAUCCGCUACUUUACUUCCCCGCGGCUCACCCGCUUCGUGCCGUCAUCCGAAAUUCGCACACUGUCUCGGCCCCUGUCGACAAUCUGCUUCCCUUUACAUCCUCAAAGGCUUCUAGCAAGGAAGGAACAAAAUCGGCAGGGUCCACUUCGACCAAGCUUCUGACCUCCCAGGCCCACUUGGCCACGCUCGGUUCAUCUCUCAAGUCGGCUACGCCGGCUUUCCUCGACACCUCGCAAAAGCUUGAUGAAUCGCACCAGCUCUUCCUCAAGGAGGCUCUCAUACGAUCCGGAACGUUUACGUCCGAUCUUGGCCGCGACCGAAUGGAAGCCGGCGAAGGUCUGCUCAACACCGUGCUCGGCGUCGAUGAACAGGCCGAGAUCCAGGGCUGGGGCUUGAGAGAAGGUAUGAAGGCCUCGGGUGGUGGGUCCGCGGCUGCGAGUGGUGUUCUGAGCACGAACGAGUUUGGAGCCACGUCCGCCACGAGUGGGUAUGGCGGCGCGAUCCGAGAGGAAUCUAUUGCCGAGGAGCCGAUCCAGGCUCCGCCUCCUACUCUGGCUCCGCCAGCGCAGACCCAGGAUCGAAUGCGAGCUUCUUGUGAGUGCCGAGUCCGUCAGAUACACAGGUUCAAAAGGCUGUAUAGCUGAUGGUCGACAUCGAGCGGCCUACCUUAGCCAACGCUCGACCUGCACCCCCUCCCGUCGCACCUCUGCCCCUCCCCUCCCCGGCUGCACCGAAAAAGUCCGGCGGAGGCUUCAAGUUCUCAAAGGUCUUCAAGCGCGACAAGGGAUCGUCAGGAGCCGCCUCUUCCAAAUACGGUACUAUCGAAACCAACAACCAGUACCGAGGCUCUGCGGACCGUCAGUCGAUCGAAUCUCGUGAUUCGGCGUCAGUCGUUAGUCGACCCGAAGCGGCGACGCGCUCGUCCCUUCUGGCUCCUCAUGCCCCCCGGUUGGACCGCACGGCUAGUGGAUCGAGCAGUCUGAUGGGUGGUUCUUCAAGCGCGGAUGCGAUGCAAGCCCCCAUCAUGCCCACGACGUCGACCCAGAAUCGCGAUAGCUUGAUGCCAGGUGGUACCGGCGGCCUCUUCCGACGGGCAUCGUCGGCCGGGAUGGGCAGCGGUAGCAAGAAUGGCGGGCAGGCAGCAAGUGGCUCGGGUAGAGACGAGCCACUACAAGAACCGACGAGCAGCAAUGGCGCGACUGUUGAUGAGGAAGGGUACUCGGUUCCUCCGGCUGGCUACGACAAGCAGCCGUGGGAACGAACGGCGCAGGGCUCGAACCUGAUGGACGAUGACGACGACGACGAAGUUGCCGACACUGCUGCGCCCUUGCAAAGCUCUUCUCGAGCCCCCGCCGUGGCUCUUGCUCCGGCCAUCAUCACCGAAGCCGAAAGCGAUCGUCAAGCCGCGCUCGAAAAGGUGCAAUCGACGCUGCUCUCGUCGGGCCCGGCUUCGAGUCUGAGUCGCCGAACGACUCGGGGUCGUCGAGAUAUCAACCGUUUGUCGUCGAUGCCCGGGCUCUCCGGAGCCACUUCGCCGAUAAUCGCCGAUGAGAUCCCCUUGGCCCCAGCCGUCGAGCGACAACAGCAAUCACGCGAGACGUCGUUGGACUCGUCGUCGACCUCACCCGCCGCAGCAACAACGGUCUUUGCCCCCUCGGCGUUGAACCGCGUCGGAUCACCUACAAUGUCGUCCGACCGGGCCAUGUCAAUGAUGUCGACAACGUCUCGCUUCGGUGGUGCGGCCGAUCCUUUCGAGCACGAGUCCUCCCCUGGAUUGCGCGCGAACAUUGUCGAGACCGUGAACGUCCUUUCGAAAGGUGGUGAAGUGACUCGGGUCAUGAUCACCGGCGAGGUUCAUCUAUCCUACCGCGCCGACUCGUCCGCGACGGCGGCCUCGCCACUCCGCUUCCGCAUCGCGCAAUUCGACCAAUUCGAAAAGGCGGCCCCCAACACGACGUACAUCUCCCCUGUUGCCGGUGGUUUCCCCGGCGAAUUCGAAGUUCUGCCUGCUCUAGCCGCACAACAUGGCUCGACCGUCGUCGUACUCAAAUACCAAGUCCGUAUCGGUGCGGGCCAAGAAUCUCGCUACAACCCGCUUUCGGUAAAGGCGUUGUGGAAAUGCGAACCGACGCAAACAAAGUUGAUCAUCAGCUACAAAGCCAACGUUUUACCUUCCUCCUCGUCGAGUCCUUUCGGCGAGGACGAAGAGGAGCCUUUGAGGGAUCUCGAAUUUUCAGCCCCCUUGGCGGCGAACGUCUCGACUGUGCAAGCUAAACCUGCUGUGGCGAAAUGGCAUGCUGAUACACAUCGCUUGAUUUUCAGCCUGCCCGAACCAUUCGAAUCGGGUCCGACGACGGAGGAGAAGAAGUUGUUGGCAAGUGUGGGAACGGAUGCGCAGUGUUGGGCACAGCCUUUGGCGGUGAAAUGGGCGAUCAGGGGGAGGUUGCUGAGUGAGGUCGGGGUGGAGAUGGAGGGGGAGGGGUUCAAGGAGGUGAGGAAGGCGGUGGUGGCGGGCAAGUACUUGGUUGCCCCCUGA